AUGAGUAACAAGCUUUGGGAGUUUUUCAUACAAGAUGAUGUCGAGAGCUUCCAGCGAUUCCUGGCGAAUGCGACGUUCGCGGGACCGCGAGCUGCAGGCUCCGGAACGCCUGCAGUGGCCAACCUGUCAGCAAAGGGUGCGAGUCCUGGGGCAAUGAUCGCAUCAUCUCCAAUCCCAUCCAGAAGCAAGAAGAACCUGGGAUCAUCGCCUGGUACACCUGUGUCGGAUAAGUCGCAACGCGGAGUCGUGAACUUGUCGCGCGCCGACGUGAAUGCUCGGGACCAUUACGGCCGCACAUUGCUUCACCAUGUUGCCUCUUCCUUGAAACCCACCGCCGCUAGCUUCGCACGUGCUUUAUUGGAGGUUCCUUUCCUUGAUAUCUAUGCGCAGGACUGGGAAAGCGGGUGGACCGCUUUGCAUCGGGCUCUUUAUGCUGGAAAUGCCACAAUUGCCCAGGCGCUUAUGGCGCGCGACGUGCAAGACAUGACGGAUUUCAGCAAGGUUGGAAUUUCAAGCCAUCCGAGCGGUGGUCUGAUUAAGAUCAAGGAUCGUGAGGGGUUCAGUCCGUUCGACGUCUUUGGCGCAACGAUCACGACCCGUGAUAUCAAGCAGCUUUCGUCGCCCUGGCCAAGGUCGAUGAUCGAUGACCUGGAUAGCGACGCUGCAUCGAAUGCUGCAUCAGCCUUCGGAGAUCCCGGGGAAGAUGACGCAUAUGCCACUAAGAGCGUCUUGAAGCCUCUCAUGGAUGUCUGUGCUGAUGAAGUAUUCACCCUCGGGAGUAACAAGAACCUUAAUCUUGGUCUGGGCGAUCAGGAUGAUCGACAGUUCCCAGAGAGGAUAUCUUUGAAGCGUCCUGAACAUCUUCUGCACCGGUUCUAUCGCGAAUACCUGGAAGAACUGGAGCGCCUUGGGCUUGAAGAUACCAUCUCGGAGAGCGACUCGAAAGAGUUGCCUUCGUUGAUCAGGAACAAACCUAUGAAAUAUCAAAACAUCAUCAUGUCCAAACUGCAUACCGCCAUCAUUACGGAUGACCCCGAGGCUAAUCUGUUUAUGUGUGGCUUCGGCCCAGGCGGACGCCUGGGAACAGGCGAUGAAGUGACGCGAUUCACCUUUGUUUGUAUUGAAAAUGGUGGGUUGGACGGAAAGAGGGUUGUUUCUGUUGCCUUGGGUCAAGAUCAUACCCUGGCAAUCACAGAACACGGUGAAAUCUUCAGCUGGGGCAGCAACAAGUACGGACAGCUCGGCUACGGACUUCCCAGAACCAAUAACCGGAAUGACGUCCCUGUGCAGUUGACACCCCGUCAGAUCUUCAAUCCAUUCAAGAAGGAGAGCAUUCUAGGUGCAGCAGCAUCUUCUAUUCAUUCUGUUGUAUUCAGUACUUCAGGUCUCUAUACAUUUGGCAAAAACGAAGGCCAGUUAGGUUUGGUCGAUUCCGAUGCCCGUUCUCUUGAAAUUCAAACCACCCCACGGCGCGUCGGAGCAUCUCUCUUUACUUGCCCGAUCCAGAUGGUUUCCGCGAUUGAUCGUGCUACGGCUGUUCUUCUACAGAACCAUGAAGUCUGGGUGUUCUCAUCCUAUGGAUACUCAAAGCUGUCGUUCCCUCUGGAAGUAAGCUCAAGAUUCAUCCGCGAUAGCUUCAUGGCCACUAGAUAUGAUGGAGUUGCCAAUCACAUCGUGAAACUGACAAGCGGCGGAAACACAAUAUGUGCUUUAUCCAGCUCUGGCGAUGUUUUCACUGUUCAAGCCAAUCAGUCCGAGAACUCCUCGACUUCUGCUUCCACCACCAAUCCCGCCAAGAUUCGCAAUUCACUGGCGGCUCCUGUUCGGGCAUGGUCUGUCAAGAAGUCCCACAUGGCAGCGAGGGAUGUCGAUGUGGGACAAGAUGGCUCUAUCAUCAUUUGCACAACCUCUGGGUCUGCUUGGAGAAAAGAACGCCGUACACAAAAGAAAGAGGGCGCUUCGAAGGAUUACAAGUUUGCUCGUAUUCCUGGUCUCUCGCGAGCUGUGGCAGUACGCAGCAACGCCUUCGGGGCCUAUGCUGUAGCUCAGCGUGACUGCGAUGUCACCAAAGAACAGAUUCACAUUGAGCCCAGCAAUCUUUGGAAUGACAUUUUGCCAUUGUCUCCGUUCACAGCCCCUGAGUUGGAAGACGUGGAUGCCAUUUUGGAGGCAGAUGAUGUUCCUGCUGUACUUUCCUCCGGCAAAAGCAUGCAACGAGCCAUCUUGACAUCCGCGGACAUUGAAAAUGAAUUUCUACCUAUCUGGUCUGAGGGGACUGUUUGGAUGACUAGUUCCCUGUCCCAGGCUCGGAUCCCCGUCCAUGAAUUUCUCCUGGCUGGCCGCAGUCCAGUGAUCAGAAAGGCCCUGGAAGAGUUCCGGCAAUCAUAUUAUUCCUCCGUCUCAGAUGUUUUCGAUAUCGAGUAUGGGAAGGACGGACGUCCCCAGAUUCGGAUCCAUGGUGUGGAUUUCCUGGCCAUCCUCAACGUGGUGUUUUUCCUCUACACAGAUGGCAUUCUUGAUGUCUGGCAUCUUGCAAGGAGUUCGCCUGCAAAUGCGGCUCGUUACCGGCAGGUUCGCACGGAGGUUAUGCGGGUUGCUAUGCAACUCGGUUUGUCAGCCUUGGAACGCGCAGCGAGACUCAUGAUUGAACCCGAGAAGAGCUUGAAGAUUGACAUGGCUCAUGCUAUCAACCACUCCUCGUUCUUUGAUAGCGCAGAUGUGGUGGUCCAGCUCAAAGGGGAUACUGUCAAAGUGCACAGUCAAGUUGUUUGCGAGAGAUGCCCAUUCUUCGACGUUCUUUUCAAUGGCCGCGCAGGUGGAAAGUGGAUAGAGUUGCGUAGAUCGGACCCCACCCAAAAGGUGCAUGUCGAUCUAAAACACAUUGAUCGUUCCGUCUUUGACUUUGUGUUGCGCUAUCUAUAUGCUGACACAGAAGACCGGCUAUUCGAUGAAGUUCGGAUGAACGAUGUUGAGGAUUUCAUUGACUUACUGAUGGAUGUCAUGUUUGUGGCAAACGAACUCAUGAUCGACCGACUGUCUCAAAUUUGCCAGAAGAUGCUCGGUCGUUUUGUCACCACUCGCAACGUGUGCUACCUUCUCAACUCUGUCACGCCUUGCUAUGUUACUGAAUUUAAGGAUGCUGCCUUGGAAUACAUCUGCCUCAAUAUGGAGGCUAUGUUAGCCAACAGAUAUCUCCAUGAUCUGGACGACGUCCUCCUCCGCGAAUUGGAUCUGAUAUGUCAUGAGAACCAGCUAUCUUGUUGGCCCAUUUCCCGUGGACGCAACUCCGAAGACUAUAUCCUCGAGAAAUAUCCUGAGAUAGUCAGCUCCGUCGAGACAGACAAACAGCGACGCAUCGAUGCCAUGGCCUUGCAGACUCGCCUCGAUCGUCUCGAAGCGGAUGACAUUCGACCUCGGCAGACAGCCAAUGAGAAGGUGUCUGCAUCCCCAUCAACUCGCAAAGGAAAGAACGCUCCUCCCAAAGAGUCGCCAAAGGCUAGUAGCAGUCCAAUGCUCAAGCCAAGGCAAUCAACAAGCGACCUUAUGUUCCAGAUGGAUGAUGAGGGCCCCAUGACACCCGAUCCAAAAGGUAAAGGUGCCAUGCGUGGAGUCAGAUUUAGAGAUACCAUUGCCGAAGACAGAUCAUAUCCCGAUUCACCAGCACUGGGAGCCAGCCUUCCAGAAGCCAUGUCGUUGGGCGAGGGCAAUUUCUUGGAUGAUCAAAUGGGAUCUCCACGAGAGAUGUCCGUCACGCAAUCUCCGUCUGAGGUUAGGGCAAGUGCUCUCGGCCAAAAGCGCGAUGGAUCAUCGUCUGGCCCCUCAUCCGCGCCAUGGAGUCCUCCUACGAUCUCGGGCUCCAAGAAGGAUCUGAAGGACAUCAUGGGCGAAACGUCACAGUCUCGGGUAUCAAACCUUACAUUAGGCAUGGCAGACCGACGUGAAAGCAGUGGAAACUUCACCCCAAAAAUUUCCCAAAAGGAAAGAAAGAAAAUGCAACAACAGCAAGCACAGGAACAGCUCGCUGCACAACAGAAGGCGAAAGACGCACCCUCAAACCCUUGGCAAAAGCCAGCAGCCCCGCCAGCAACGCCAGUCAAACUCAAAUCUUUACCAGGCCAAAGUGUUCAGUCUCCCGAGCCCAGUAAAUCAGCACAGAAAUCCAUGACAAUGCGACAGACUGUAUCUGGCACACCACCAACCAAGUCAAAGCCGAUUGCAACACCCGUGCAGAGCCAGCGCCGCAGUAUCUCAACCAGCUUACAGCCAUCCAAACCCUCUCCAUCGGGACCUUCCCCAUCCCAGAAUAUCACAUCACCUCAACCAGCAAUUCAAUCAAUCCGCCACAUCCCUCGUCCCGACCUCACAGGAUCCCGCUCCCCAUCUGGAGCUUCCUUUAACCUAUCGACAAUCCUACUCCAGCAACAAAGUGAAAAGGAAGCAAUCCGCGAAGCAGCCACAGCAAAGCACAACAUGCAAGAAAUCCAAGCCGAGCAAGAAUUCCAGCAAUGGUGGGACCAGGAAAGCAAACGUGUCCAGGGUCUCAUGGACCCUGAACCAACGGAACCUCGUCCUGGCAAGAGUGGACGUGGCGGUAAGGCACCAAGUACUCCGCGCAAGCGUCGUGGCCCCAAGAAUACCAGUGGUGAUGGGUCUGCCACGCCAGAUCGACAGCGUCCGUCCGUUUCUGGAUCUGAACAUUUGACUUCCAAGACGAGUUCGAAUGGUCCUACUCCGGCUCAGCCGCAAAGAGUUCCAAAUGCAAGUCAUGCUGGCGGUGGUGCGAGAGGUUCGAACCCCAAUCCUCGGCGUGGAGGGCAUGGAAGUCAACGUGGUAAAGGGAAGGAUCGUGGUUAA